GUUCUGGGCAGUGUUUCGCAAAUUCUGAAUGCAAUUUCCCUUGAUGAAAAACAUCAACAUGAGCGAGCCGCAAUCCUCGGUAUUCGUUCGGACACUGUACCUCUUUGGUCUUCAAAUCGCAGUAGUACCGGUCAUCCUCCGUCCCAAACAGUUGCUGCUGGUGGGUCGCAUGUCCAUGGAGGAGGGGAAGUUGCGGAUUUCGGGCCCGGGACUGCGACACAACUGGGACUUGCGGACGAAACACUUGAAGAUUUCGAAUUGACUCGUGCUUCAACUAUGCACGGUCACGGUAGAGAUUUUAUGGCUAUAGAACCCAGUUGGAUCGGUGAAGUAACUGACACGGGUGCGUUAGACAUUGAUCAGGCCGCGAUUGCUCCCCUGACUGCCGGAAUUCGUGGAUUCAUGCACGGUCUGGUUGGUGGCAUAACAUCCAUUGUGACACAGCCAUAUCGCGGGAUACAGGAGGAUCAAUUCAAGGGUUUUGUGGCCGGAGUGGGUCGUGGCUUAUUGGGCACAUUCACCAAACCUCUUGGGGGUAUUUUCGAUCUGUUUUCUGGAGCUAUGAGUACACUUAGCGAAGUGGCCCGUUCGUCCGGUCACGGUCGUCCGCGACGCAGACGUCCUCGUCGCUCAGGCCUAUCGAAGUACGCCCUCGUCCCGCUGAGCGUCUAUCGACUGGACGAAGCAGUGGCUCAGUUACAACUGCACCAGUUAACCUUAUUCACUUCUGUACGACAUUCCUUGAAUUCAACAACCGGGGGCAAUCACCGAGCCACAGCUGCCGGACUUGUUGAAAUUGGUGAAGAACUGUCAGUGAACGAUGAUGCUGCAGCUGAUGUCUCGCGUUCGUCCGCGAAGUCCGUUGUAAUAACCACAGCUCCUGUUAAUAUAAUUCCCGCGAGAGAUUCAAUCAGCGGAAUAAUUCAGACCACUGUUAAUGGUUCUUGGCUGUCACACACGUUUCACUAUCCGGAGUGCGUGUUUCACGUUUUGCCCGUGCAAGGGACUGGGGUGGUUGCUAUUAUCACCGAUCGAGCCGUGUGGUGUGUGAGUAAUGCAUCCCCACGGUCAUGGAUUAGCACGGAGCGAUCCACCACCACAGUGCUGGCGUCCUCACCCACGUUCUACUUGACCGAACACGCCACCUUGAUGUUUAUGCUUCCUUACCGACGACUGGAUGAAGUAACUGUCCGAACUGGGAGCACCCUUCGUUCUGAUCAUGUUUCUACACAAACUACGGGCUCAGAAAGCAUAUCCAGCCCCGUCUAUGUGGUUUUCAUCGGGGAUGGGCGGGUCAGUACACAACAGUUACGCUGUGAUUCACUUCCGUGGGGUUUGAAUUUGGCAGCCAAAGUCCGCGAGGCCCAGUUCCGAUACAUACAAGCAGCAUUUUCACUGUUCCGUUCGGAGACAGCUGCAACUGGUCCUUAUCCCAGCCCGUUUGAAACGAGCACAUCAAGCUCAAGACGUGCACCUCUUGUCCCGGGACAUCCUAUUGCACUCUCUUACUCGCCAAUGACCAGUUUGGAUUCAAAGCGUUUACUGUGA